AUGAAGAACCAACAUGCCAGAGGAUCAGAGUUAAGAAUCAUUCUGGUGGGCAAGUCAGGAAGUGGUAAAAGUGCCACUGGAAAUAGCAUCCUCAGGAAGCAAGUAUUCAAGUCCAGGCUGGGGGCCCAGGGCAUAACGAAAAAGUGCAGUGAAAGUCGGGGCAACUGGGAAGAGACAAACCUGAUCAUUAUUGACACACCGGACAUAUUUUCUGAGGAGGAUCACUCAGAUGCCCUGUACAAAGAGGUGCAGAGGUGCUACUGGCUCUCUGCACCAGGACCCCAUGCACUGAUCCUAGUGAUACAGCUUGGCCGGUUCACCACCCAAGAUCAUCAGGCUGUACAGAAAGUGAAGGAGAUCUUUGGAGAGGAUGUCAUGGGACAUACAAUUAUCCUCUUCACACGCAAUGAAGACCUUGAAGGAGGGUCCUUGAUGGAGUACAUCCACAGCUCAGAUAACAAAGCCCUGAGAGAGCUACUGGCAACAUGUGGAGGACGAGUCUGUGCAUUCAAUAAUCAUGCAAAAGGGAGCCAUCAGGAUGAUCAAAUAAAGGGGCUGAUGGAAGUAAUAGGAGACCUGAUGAUAGAGAGAGGGGGUGAUCACUAUAUCAAUGAAUUGUACAGCCUAGUAAAUAGAUCAAAAUGUACAUCUGAGUCAUCAGAGGAAAGAUUACAGGAUUUCAAAGGGCAUCUUAUAAAGUACAUGGAGAUUCAGCGACAUCGUUCAACUGUGGCCAACACAAAUUGCCUAAAAGCAUCUCUAAUCACAACACUAGUGUGUAUUUUAUUCUGCCUUCAGUUGUUUGGGAAACUCCUAAUUAUGUUUUGUGAACUCUCCAAAAUAUGUACCUUUUUUCUCUGCUUUUUUUUUAGAAUGUGUUCUUGGUCCUGGAGCUUACUAUUAAUUAUCCCCCAAAAAUUAAUGAUGGUUUUGAGAUAUAUCACUGGUCCUGCACGCAAGAAUCCUAAAUUAUAA